GUCAUCAAGAACCCGUUUGUAUGUAAUCACGGCUCUAAGAAAAAUAGGAUAGACCACAUCCUAACAGCUUUGAAAUUGAUACAACUACCUACCUAAGAAAUAUCUAACAACUUAUAGAUCAACUUAUAGCCUAGUUCACUACGGAUCAUUGCACUCAAAAUGUCAUCUUCUAUGAGUGAGGCGGAAGCCAGGUGGCGCGAGCAGUUUGCCGCCAUGAAAACUGCCAUCGAAAACUUGAAGCUACCUGAAAAGAAACAUCACGUCGAAGCAGAACUGGACUUAGACCUCGAUCUGGACGAUGAAGACUUCAUAUCCGGCAAUAGUGGCGACGACGUCUGGGACUUCAUAGAUGAUAGCGAGGAAGACUUGUACAGUAGUGAUUCUCUCGAGGAAUCUAAUGGUCAGGUCGAUAGCGGCAGCUCCGGCUUGACAUGGUUCACAGAACAGUGUUUCACUAUCGCUACCAAGAACGGCUUGUCUUCGGAUGUCUUCCAAACACAGAUUCUAGAAAUCUUAGCAUCUCAGCGGUCCGAGGACGACUUACAAUCCUCGCUCACUGAUCUUGUUGGGUUUGAUGACUUCGAUUUCAUCAUUGAAGUGCUAUCUCGCAGGCACGAAAUCACCUCAAGCUUUGCCACCCAGGAGACGCAGAAGCCAACUGGCCGACUCUUGACUAAAGCAGAAAGAGAUGAAGCUCUUCGACAGAAGGACUUUGAGCAUAAGAAUGCUGCUCUAGCUCCUAGUAUGCAUAAGGAGACACAAUAUCCGCACAUAUACAAAGCAUAUAACGCAGGCAAUACCUUAAGCCAUACCGGAAGCAAGUAUGGUAUGCCAGAUGGUACCGAGCGGAAAAUACAUGACAAGUAUGAGGAAUUUAUAGUUCCUGCUGGGAAAACCGGCACGCUUCUUCCUGGACAGAAGCUUGUUAAGAUAUCCGACAUGGACGGUCUUUGCCGGCGAACAUUCAAGGGCUACAAGACGCUAAACAGGAUGCAGAGUCUAGUCCAUCCGGUAGCCUACAAGACCAGCGAAAAUAUGUUGAUCUGCGCUCCUACCGGUGCAGGUAAGACAGAUGCGGCUAUGCUGACAAUAUUACAAACGAUCAGCCAAUACGUAACACCAAAUCCCAUUGAGAACACGGAAGCAACAGAUUUUGCUGUUGAUACCCAAGAUUUCAAGAUCGUGUACGUCGCCCCGAUGAAAGCCCUUGCUGCGGAAAUCACCGAGAAGCUGGGAAAGCGUCUCGCAUGGCUCGGUAUACGCUGCCGCGAGUUUACGGGAGAUAUGCACCUUACCAAAUCCGAGAUCGUGCAAACGCAAAUCAUCGUUACUACCCCUGAAAAGUGGGAUGUCGUCACGAGAAAGGGUACUGGGGAUACUGAACUCGUCCAAAAGGUUCGGUUGCUCAUCAUCGACGAAGUUCACAUGCUUCACGAUGAGCGAGGAGCUGUUUUGGAGUCCCUAGUAGCGCGUACCGAACGUCAAGUUGAGAGUACCCAAUCGUUAAUCCGCAUUGUCGGACUUAGUGCUACCCUUCCAAACUAUGUCGACGUUGCCGACUUCCUCAAGGUUAACAGAUAUGCCGGUCUUUUCUACUUCGACGGCUCCUUUCGCCCAGUUCCUCUCGAGCAACACUUUAUAGGGGUUAAAGGCAAAGCUGGCUCGAGGCAGUCCAGAGAUAAUCUUGACACAGUAGCUUUUGAAAAGGUCAAAGACAUGCUAAUCGAAGGCCAUCAAGUUAUGGUAUUUGUCCAUUCAAGGAGAGACACUCUUCUCACUGCUAAAAUGCUUCAUAAAAAAGCUACCGAGGACAAUUGUACGGAUCUUUUUGAUUCUAUGGAACAUCCGUACUACGAACAAGCCAUCCGAGACAUGAAGUCUUCAAAGGCGCGUGAACUUAGGGACCUAGUGCCCAAGGGGCUAGGUAUACACCACGCCGGUCUGACUCGAUCGGAUAGGAACCUCAUGGAAAAACUGUUUGCUGAGGGUGUCAUGAAGGUGCUCUGUUGUACAGCAACACUUGCAUGGGGUGUUAACUUACCGGCUGCUGCUGUUAUUAUCAAAGGGACGCAAGUCUACAGUGCACAAGAUGGAAAAUUCAUAGAUUUAGGUAUCCUCGACGUCCUCCAAAUAUUCGGUCGUGCUGGACGACCCCAGUUCGAGGAUACUGGUAUUGGUAUGAUUUGUACAACACAAGAUAAGUUGGAUCAUUACCGGCGGUCAGUCACCGCACAGCAGCCUAUCGAAUCAAAGUUUUCUUCAAAGUUAGUCGACAAUUUAAAUGCCGAGAUUGCCCUAGGCACCGUUACCUCCAUCCCGGAAGCAGUCCAAUGGAUCGGCUACUCAUAUCUCUUCGUUCGAAUGCUAAGAAGUCCCAUGACUUACGGGAUCGAAUGGGCUGAGAUUAGAGACGACCCAAAUCUUGUCCAGAGGCGACGACAGCUUGCUAUCCAGGCAGCUAAAGUAUUGCAGCAAAGUCAAAUGAUUAUUUUCAACGAGAUCACAGAGGAACUGAGAAGCAAGGACAUUGGCCGCAUUGCCAGCCAAUACUAUAUUCAGCAGACAAGUAUACAAAUCUUCAAUACAUUAAUGAAACCUCAGGCAACAGAAGCAGACAACUUGAAGAUGAUCAGCGAGAGUGGAGAGUUUGACAACAUACAGUCCAGAGACAGCGAAGCCGACGAAUUGACUAGGCUAAGACAUAAUGAGGAUGUGGUCUUUUGCGAUCCCGGUCGUGGAAUUGAUACGCCCCAAGCAAAGACAAACAUCCUGCUGCAGUCCUAUAUCUCUCGGGCACAGCUGGAUGACUUUGCAUUGUCCAAUGAUCUGAACUACGUGGCCCAGCAGUCUGGGAGAAUUUGUCGCGCCUUGUUUCAGAUUGCGUUGAAUCGACGAUGGGGUCAUCAAUGUCUGGUUUUGCUGACCCUCGCAAAGUCCAUCGAGAAGCGUGUCUGGCCAUUCCAGCAUCCAUUGCAUCAAUUUGACCUACCUAAGUCGGUACUCAACCAAAUCGAUGAGAAGGAUACCCCUAUCGAAGUCUUACGCGAUAUGGAGAAUGCCGAAAUUGGUAGUCUAGUCCAUAACCAUAACGCUGGCAAAAAGAUAGGGAGGAUUCUCGACCAUUUCCCAACCGUAUCAGUAGAAGCCGAGAUUGCCCCUUUAAACCGAGAUGUUUUGAGGGUCAAGCUUUAUGUCACUCCAGAAUUCACCUGGAGCGACCAGAUACACGGAACAUCCGAAUCUUUCUAUAUCUGGGUCGAGAAUUCCGAGACGUCCGAAAUCUACCACCACGAGUUCUUCAUACUUAAUAGGAGAAAGCUUUACGAUGAUCACGAACUCAAUUUCACAAUCCCUCUAUCGGACCCUCUACCAAACCAGAUAUAUGUCAGGGCAGUAUCGGACAAAUGGCUUGGAGCAGAGACAGUAAACCCGGUCUCUUUCCAGCAUCUUAUCCGCCCAGAUACGGAGAGCGUGUAUACGGAUCUACUCAACUUGCAGCCGCUACCCAUUAGCGCCCUGAAGAACGCAGGCUUGGAAGAGAUCUAUGCGAAGAGGUUUCAAUACUUCAAUCCAAUGCAAUCGCAGAUAUUUCACACGCUUUAUCACACGCCAGCUAAUGUCCUAUUAGGGUCGCCUACUGGUAGUGGCAAGACCGUCGCAGCAGAGUUGGCGAUGUGGUGGGCGUUCCGCGAGCGCCCGGGUUCCAAGGUUGUGUACAUCGCUCCGAUGAAAGCUCUAGUCCGCGAGCGAGUAAAGGACUGGGGCGCUCGACUUGCCGGACCUCUUGGUCUCAAGUUGGUUGAGUUGACGGGUGAUAACACGCCGGAUACGAGGACUAUCAAGGACGCCGAUGUCAUUAUCACCACGCCCGAGAAGUGGGACGGUAUCUCUCGUAGUUGGCAAACUCGAGGGUAUGUUCGUCAAGUUUCACUUGUAAUCAUUGACGAAAUCCACCUGCUUGCCGGCGACCGAGGCCCGAUUCUCGAGAUUAUCGUGUCCCGUAUGAAUUACAUCGCCCAAUCUACCAAUAAUGCCGUGAGACUUCUCGGAAUGUCCACUGCCUGCGCAAACGCAACAGAUCUGGCGAACUGGCUUGGGGUAAAGGAAGGUCUAUUCAACUUCCGUCACUCUGUACGACCGGUACCAUUGGAGCUAUACAUCGACGGGUUUCCCGAAGUAAGAGGAUUCUGCCCCCUGAUGCAGUCUAUGAACCGGCCAACUUUCUUAGCUAUCAAAACCCACAGUCCUGAUAAGCCUGUCAUCGUCUUCGUGCCAUCACGACGGCAGACUAGACUGACUGCGAAAGACCUGAUCAACUAUUGUGGGAUGGAAGACAAUCCCAGGAGAUUCGUCAAUAUGUCGGAAGAGGACCUUCAGCUCAAUCUCAGCAGGGUUAAGGAUGAUGCACUCAAGGAGGCGAUUAACUUUGGUAUUGGGCUUCAUCAUGCAGGUCUCGUCGAAUCUGAUCGGCAGCUGGCCGAAGAGCUUUUCCUGAACAACAAGAUACAGAUCCUGGUCGCAACGAGUACGCUGGCCUGGGGUGUUAACCUUCCCGCCCAUCUGGUCGUCGUCAAGGGCACACAGUUCUACGACGCAAAGAUUGAAGGCUACAAAGAUAUGGACCUGACAGAUGUAUUGCAAAUGUUAGGUCGAGCCGGUCGUCCGCAAUUUGACAACUCUGGUGUCGCGCGCAUCUUCACUCAAGACUCAAAGAAGGAUUUCUACAAGCACUUCUUACACACUGGUUUCCCCGUCGAAUCGUCGUUACAUACGGUCCUUGACAACCAUUUGUGUGCUGAAGUAUCAGCCGAAACGAUUACAACUAAGCAAGACGCACUCGACUAUCUAACUUGGACUUUCUUUUUCCGCCGGUUGCAUAAGAACCCUUCGUACUAUGGGCUUGAGAUCUCCUCCGAGGAGCAUAACACUAUUGCUGCCCAACAGCUUGCAAACGACUUUAUGAUUGACAUGGUCAGCAAAUCGUUAGAUGAACUCGCCGCUUCGAAGUGUGUUGAAAUAUACCCUAAUGGCGAUGUGGACCCUACUCCCCUGGGUAAGAUCAUGAGUUAUUACUACCUGUCGCAUAAGACGAUCCGUCAUCUGGUUAAGAAUGCAAAGCCAAAAGCAAGCUUCUUGGAUGUCUUAUCCUGGAUGUCCCGCGCGACAGAAUACGACGAGCUCCCUGUUCGACACAACGAAGAUCUUAUCAAUGCGGAAUUAUCCAAGAAUUUACCGUUCGAAGGUAGUAGUUUUGGCCUACCGAUGUGGGACCCUCACGUUAAAGCCUUCCUGCUUCUACAAGCACACAUGGCUCGUGUCGAUCUUCCUAUUACGGAUUACGUCGGUGAUCAGACAAGUGUUUUGGAUCAGGCGAUUCGUAUCAUCCAGGCGUCGAUUGACGUCUUGACAGAGCUAGGAUAUCUAUCCAGCUGUCUCGAAAUGAUCAAGCUGCUUCAGUGCGUCAAAUCCGCUCGUUGGCCACAAGACCCGCCCCUAUCCAUCCUCCCAGGAACCAGCCACGAUAAUUUGAAAGAUAACAAGACUUCCCUCCAAAAGCUAAGCAGCCUCCCCCGACCACAGGUCGAGGACCUCGCUCGGAAACUCAGCAUCCCAAGCUCCCAGCAAAGCCACUUCGUCCGCGCAGCCUCCAUCCUACCCAACGUCAGCGUCAAAGUCGAGGACGUAACAGCGCAAUCCCUCAGCGUCUCGCUCAAGCGCCUUAACCCCGUCGUCGAGCGCGAGGCCCGCGUCUACGCCCCGCGGUAUCCCAAGCCCCAGACGGAGGGCUGGUUCGCCAUCGUCUGCGACGCCGCGCGCGACGAGGUCCUAGGCGUAAAGCGCGUCUCCUGGAGCCAGCAGGGGCCCGGCUCCAGCUCCAAGGGUAAAUCCAAGACCAACAGCAGCAGCACCAACGCGAAAUCCAACGCCGUGCAAAUCGGCUCCAAGCCCACGGCCAAAACUACGCUGCGCCUCCCUAGCCCCGAUAAGGACGGGAACGCGAGAAAGGUCGAUAUCCUGGUCCUGAGCGACGCGUAUAUAGGUCUCGAGUACAGGGUUAUGGGCGUGGAGAUACCGGCGCUGCCGAGGGUGGAUGAUGAUGUGGAUAAGUCGAAGAAGGGGAGACAAGAGCGGGAGCAAGAACAGGGACAGGAACAGGGACAGGGGAGUUCGGCAUAAGAGGUUCGUUGUUUAAAAGGGUGACGGAAACUAUGAAAUAGAUGGUGUAUAUAGAUGAGUUAUGUAGCGUUGAUGUGAGCUACUGCUCAACUCGAAAUUUGAAUCCUAACGACAAUGCUUGGAAUUUGAGAAGGGGC